GUAGAGCAAAAAGAAAAGAAAAGAAAAGAAGAGAGUUAGUUCUUAAACCAAUCAUUCAAAAUGUUGCGUACUAUCUUCCUCUUAUCUCUUCUCUUUGCUCUAUCCAAUGCCUCUGUUCAAGAUUUCUGUGUCGCAAACCUGAAACGCGCUGAAACCCCUGCGGGUUACCCUUGCAUUCGUCCCAUUCAUGUCAAAGCUACAGACUUUGUCUUCUCUGGCUUAGGCACUCCCGGAAACACUACAAACAUCAUCAGCGCCGCUGUCACGCCCGCUUUCGUCGCUCAGUUCCCAGGUCUGAACGGUCUAGGCCUCUCUACAGCUAGACUUGACCUAGCUCCUAAAGGUGUGAUCCCAAUGCACACUCACCCUGGUGCCUCUGAGGUUCUCUAUGUCCUUGACGGCUCCAUUACCGCUGGGUUUGUCUCCUCUGCAAACGCUGUCUACGUGCAGACACUUAAACCAGGACAGGUCAUGAUUUUCCCACAGGGAUUGCUUCAUUUCCAGAUCAAUGCGGGAAAAUCCUCUGCUGCAGCCAUUGUCACUUUCAACAGCGCUAGCCCGGGUCUGCAGAUUCUCGAUUUCGCACUCUUUGCUAACAAUCUUCCCACUGAACUCGUAGUAGGAACUGUUUCGGGAGCAGUAAAAUCUGCGGCGAAAUCUCCGUCAAAAUCGCCGACGACCAUGUAUGAAGAACCCACGCGACGAGGAAUCAAAAGGGAGAAUAAACGAGGCAACAGAAACGACCCUAAACAAGGAGAUGAAAGAGGAAUUGCACAUUCUCCGGCAAAAACAACAACCGGAGAAUAUGAGGUUCCAAACCCUAGCCUACCUUGCCGUCUGUUGCAUCCUGACGACUUACCAGAUCGGGUUCGGCUUAACAUAUACUCGAAGCCGGAAUAUCUGGGGAUUCUGGUGGAACUACUGGAGGGUUCAGAGGCUUGGGACCUGCUACUUGCUUCCCAGUUCAAAAAAUUGUUUGAACUUCCUGUUGCAAGCAACAAAAAACAACAUCGGGUAACUGACACUUUUGUUGAGAUGCUUCAUAAUGUAGAAUUCUUCAUGAGUUACCCCUGGGGUAGAGUUGCUUUUGAAGCAACAAUGGAACGGUUUGGCCCUCUUGCAAAUGAGAAAGAUCCUGUUGCAGAGCUGAAGGCCCGCCUACAGCAAAAAAGCAGUUGCUGUUACGGAUUUCCUCUAGCUCUCCAACUCCAAGUUCUCAACUCAAUUCCUGCCCUUUGCAGUAGGAUUAAGGACCCUGCUGAUUUCAGAAAUUUUAUCCAAAGGCCUGCUGCGGAUCUUGGCCGGAUCAUUCUUCUCCGUGAGUCAGAUGUUGUUGACGCUGAAUACACUGCUAAUUUGUCAGUGGAAUACACACUAUACCAGUCAACACCAGUGAAGGAUGAUCUCUCUUGGCCAAAUGAAGAUGUAGACCCAGGGGUGCAGUUGAUUAUCUCUCUGAUCAAGCAAAAGCACCAAUUCAAGCCUGAGACGUGGCCUGUACACGGCUUGACCAGGUCUCCCACUGAGACACCUGGUGAAAAAGAAGCUGAACCAAGGGAAGCUCCAUCAGCAACAGGUGAAGAGUUUGGUGGAGAUCCUAUUAAUACUAGAGGUAAAGAGUAUGUUGACCUGGAAUCUGAUGGCCCAAAGAACGAUGAUACAUGUGAACCAAGGGCAGCUGCGAAGAGGGCGAAAAAAGAGAACUACACUCUCGGUCGGAAGCCAUUCACACGGUCAUCCAGGCUUGCAGAAGAACUUGUUGAUUCCCAACCUCCAUCCAAGAAAGCUAGUUCACAUAAAAGAAAGGAUCAACCCCAACCCUCGGCUGCUGCUAUACCUGUAGGACAGUCUGGCCCUAAGAAAACAGGCAAAAAAGCCCCUACUCAGGGAGAUGCGGCGCAGCCUGGUGCGGGAAGCUCUUCUUCUCAGUUUGUUACACAUGCUGAAUUGUCUGACUUGAAGUCUUGGAUCUCUCAACAGCUUGUAGAGCUCCGUUCCAACAUAGGUGAAGAUAUUUUGAAGAAUUUAGGGAAUAAGAGUCAGGGGUCUAAACCAAGGCAGCCUCAUACAGAGAAAGCAAAAAGUAAGAGGAAGAAGAAGAAGGAGGAGCCUGCAUCCAGGAAAAGAAAAAGAGAAGCGGUUAUUUCUUUAUCUCCUGGAAGCUCAUCCUCUGGUUCUAAGCAAGGUUUAUCUGGAGACAUUCCCAUUGGAAAGGAAGGGGGACCAACUAUGAAUUUUGAGGCCUGUGAAAGAACAUGGGAUCUUUAUGGGGCUGCAAAAACUAUUGCUAAGGAAAUAAGACCAGACAGCCCUGACUAUACUAUUCCAGACCCCACUACAGGAGAGCCUGAGAAAGAACCCGUUGAGGAGGAAAUAUCUGCAAGAGAGGCUGAGCAGACGCCUCCUACAACGGUAACACCAUUUGCUGAGCAUGUAAUCCCUGAGACGCAUGAAGCUUCACCUAAUACAGAUUGCGCUGCAAAUGAGACUCAGAAGGAAACCAGUGACAAGGAAUUUUUUGAAGGUUCGCCUAAGCAAACUCCUUCUACACCGGUUACACCAUUUGCUCAGAUUAUCCAUGAAACGCCUGAAGCUUCUGCCCAAGAUGACUGUAAAUACCGCAAUCUCUCUUCCAUUGUUGCAGCAUCACCAGCAUAUUUUGUUAUAGAGUCAACCAACCCACGUCAGCCGCUUCCGGGAAAGCGUGUUCCUAGGCGCUCUCGCUUCCUCGACAGUGCUGAGUAUAGCGUUGAUCCCAGAAUUAGUGCUUUGUUUAAGAGCCGAACCAAGGAACCUGCAUACACACCCCUCCCCAAGUUGGAGGAUGGAGAGUUCGAGAAAUUUAAAGAGUUGCUUGGAGAUGAUGUUGACAGACUCUACACCAUUUGCACUGGUCACAAACUCAGCAAUGGCCACUUCUUGGACAUUGCAACGAAGGAGAAAUGGAUCACGACCGAGCAUAUGCAGCUCAUCACGGGUAUGCUGUUGAGACGCCGGGGGAAAGCAUACAGUUUAAGGAGGGUUGCGAUAAUUGAUACCUGGUUUACAAGCCUUCUGUCCACCCACCAUGAUGAUUUUAUGAAAUGCGAGGACAAGGAAAACUACGAGUGGGGUUCAUCAAUCAAGGCGUACGUAACAGGGAAAUCUACUGGGAUACACAUGAAGUCUGAAUUCCUGAAACAUGUCGAUGUGGUCUACGUCCCAAUGAACUGGGGAUGUUAUCACUGGGUUGGAUUGGUAAUCAACUUGAAGCUGCGCAACAUUGAUAUUCUAGACCCAUUCAUCGGCCCAACUCCAGAUGAAGCAGUAUCAUUGCAAAUGACCCCAAUCAUGGAUACAAUUCCGUGGCUUCUGAAGAGAUUUUGCUGCCCUAGUCUGACUACAGACCUCACGACUGAGCAGUUCACUUGUAAUCGCAUAUACGGAUUGUACGACAACAAAGGUGAUGGAGACUGUGGGCCUGUAACAUGCAAGUUUCUUGAGAUGCAUGCUCAUGGCAUGGAGUACGCCGACUUGGCAGCUCUUACGGAUGAAGUGGUCACUCGUAUUAGGAAGGUUUAUGCUAUGGACACUUAUGCUGCUUUUGUUGAAGGGGAAAACGAGUUCUAAUUGUUUGUUUAAAGACUUAUAUAUAAGAUGUGUAAUAUAAGAUGUGUAAUAUU